AUGGAAAAAAAAGAAGAAAGAUUUGAAGUCAUGAAUGCUGGUAAUCACGCUCUUGGGGUCUUCUUGGUUAUUGAUCUUAUGAAUAGCGCUAGAACAGCAGUAUUUCUUUAUCAAAUGUGUGAAGGCUCUUUUAAACAAGUUUUGAUUAUUACUGCAGUUCAUAUAGAUGGUUAUUUUGAGCAUUUGGAUAAUACGAAUUUUCAUGUUGCAAAGGAAGAAGGACAUGAGCUAAAGGUGAGAAAUGAGAUGACUCGCCACCGGCCAGCUCAAGUGGUCCAGGAAUCGCAGUUGGAGCAGGACCUUCAGCGAGCAGGUCAACAGGACGACAGUGGGACCUUAGCAUUUGAUGCAGAAUAUAGUCGACGGUUAGAAGAACACAACAAACACAUUAAUGAGUUAGGGACAGCUGUCAAUUCACAUGCAAGUGAUCCUGAACUGCGAAGUAUUGUGAAUAAUGUCACUGCACAUUACGAUGAGGUCUUUAGGAUGAAAGGAAAUGCAGCCAAGGCGGACGUAUUCCAUGUCUUGUCAGGGAUGUGGAAACCCCCUUCCGAGCGGUGUUUUAUGUGGAUUGGUGGCUUCCGCCCCUCAGAACUUCUUAAGCUUCUAGUCAAUCAGUUAGAGCCUCUAACCGAGCAGCAGUUACUUGGCAUUUACAACUUGCAGCAAUCAUCUCAACGAUCUGAAGAUGUUCUCUCACAAGGUAUGGAGGCGUUGCAGCAAUCCUUGGCGGAGACAUUAGCCAACGGAUCUAAUUAUAUGGGUCAAAUGGCAAUGGCUAUGGGGAAACUAGGGACUCUUGAAGGUUUCCUCCGUCAGGCGCACAACCUGCGUCAACAAACAUUGCAACAUAUGCAUCGCAUAUUGACAACCAGACAAUCAGCGCGUGCUCUUCUUGCAAUAAGUGAGUACUUCUCACGUCUUCGAGCUCUCAGUCUCUUUGGCUUGCCAGAUCACGAGAGCAAUAAGUAUGACAUGCAUCGCAAUAUUCUACUGAAACUCGAAUAUGCUACUUUGAUACACUGGCCAGUAUAUGAGAUGCAUCUAAUUUACUACAUGUAAAGUGGUAUUGUAUGUGCUUGUGGAAGUGCAAAAAUUGU